UAUUUUUCAAACGGCAAUCCCACCUAAACAAACCGAGCUGUUUAGAUCACAGUGUCGUCAAUUUCGGUAUCACGUUCAUAUAAGUUAUAUUAAGAUUUUUUACACGGAGUUUAUCCACAAUAUGGAUUUGGAUUCGCUUAAAUAUGCGGAACUGCAGCGCCUCGCGAAAGAGGUUGGGCUGAAAGCAAAUAUGAAGGCUGAAAAGCUAUUGAAAGCUUUAAAAGAACACUUUUUCCUACAACAACACCAGACAACUGAAAAUGAUAAUGAUGCAGCCGCCGCGGACGGGCACAGUGUCACGGACGAGCAGGGCGGGCACGCGGUAACGUUUGUGACCGAGCGCCGGGGAAAAGGCCGCACUGUCAAGAGAAAGCUCAGUGACCCCACUCCUGUUCCUGCUCAGAAUGAAGUAAAGCCAGCACAAGAGGGCGGCCGAAGGGGCUCCAAAAGGAGGAAGGUGUCCUCACCAAAGGACACGCAGACACCAGUUCCACCUGAAACAUCUACUAAAGAUCCUGUAGAGAAAGGUCUAGAAUCUGUCGAAACAAAUCCAGAAUCUUUAGGUGCUCCUGCCGAGCCCAGUGUUAAAGGUGUGGGGAGGAGAACAGUGGGUAAAAUCCCUCGUCUUGAGGGCCUGAUGAAGAGAAAACCUGCACUGCGGCCGACAACUCCUAAUUUCAAGAAACUCCAUGAGGCUCACUUCAAAAAGAUGGAGUCCAUUGAUUCUUAUGUUCAAAGGAAGAAUAAACAAAUGGAGGUGCUCAGGAAUUCUGUCAAAGAGCUGAAGACUCUGUCAGAGAAGACGCUGAUGAAAUCGGUUGAGGCAAAGACUCAAACUAAGGUGCCUGCUAGCAGAGUCUCUCUCUUCAGUCCUGGAGUGCAGGAGAAAAAAACAUUGGCAGAAAAGCGCAGGCUCACUCAGCAGUCUGCCAGCAAGUCUGCUUUGAAGGACAGCACCACCUUCAGGCCAACUGUCCUCACAACCAAUAAAAUCAAUGUCCGGUUCUCACAGACCACUCAAGAUAACGAAUAUAAGCGUUCACUGGUAAAGACUCCAGCUCGUAUGUCUCCUUUUGUCCCUCUUACCUCCACUCCAGGGAGGAAAUCUGAUGUUCACACCAAACCUGAACUUAAUAAAAGUAUUGGCGCCAUCAAAACACCCGGAGCUACUCCGUUUGUUUUUAAUGGGAACAACAGUUUGUCAGUCACCCCUGGCGCCACCAAGAAGAACACAUUUGAUCUUAAGGCCAGUCUCUCUCGUCCACUCAACUACAAACCACACAAAGGAAAGCUGAAGCCAUUUGGAGCUCAACAGGAGAACACAGGACUUAAUAAAUCUCAGACUGUUCCUUCACACCAGAAAAACUAUAAACAGCACCAAGUUCAAACCAGAGAGGAGCGACGUGCCAAGCAGACAGAAGACCGAAAACAAAAGAAAGAGAAGAUGUUGGGUGCCAGGCGAGGUCUGGUCAUGGCCUAACUCCAGUGUUUUUACUGUUUGCUAUUUUAUACACUCACUGUACAUGUU